AUGGCGAGCGCGCAGGCAGCUGGUGCCUCGCACCCAUAUACCUGCAAUACAUGCCAAGUUGCGUAUCGCAACAUCGAUCUUCAGAAGGGUCAUAUGAAGAGUGACUGGCAUCGAUAUAACCUCAAGCGCCGAGUUGCUUCUUUGCCCCCCAUUUCAUCCGAUGUCUUCACUGAAAAGGUCCUGCAGGCCAGGGCUGUCUCCAGCGCAGAAGCCGACAAGGCUUACUUCGAACGUGUAUGCGAUAUCUGUGAGAAGACAUACUACAGUGAGAAUGCGUUCCAGAACCACAUCUUGAGCCAGAAGCAUAAGGCAAAGGAAGCCAGCAGUGGACAAACUACUUCUGCACGAGCCGACGACGAGGCUACAUCCGUUGUCAGCUCUACUUUCUCCCUUGGCGAGCCUGUCGCACCCAGCCAGGGUGAAGUGGACUCCGAUGCCGAGGAGGAAUUCAGCCACGUUGUUGAAGGCCUUCAGAAGGCCCGUAUCACUGAGCAAAGGCCUUCCCCCGUCAAGCGACCUUCGCAUCCCCAACCAUCGGGUCAAGAUGUUGCUUCUGAAGAUGCAGAGGCGACACGUGCUUCCGAUUCUACCACACCCGUCCCCACAUCGCAAGAGCCCAACAUGACAUUAGAGACUUGCCUGUUCUGCAACUAUUCCUCCCCAACCAUCCCUCUAAACACACACCAUAUGGAGCGAUUCCAUGGCAUGUUCAUUCCCGAGAAGAACUAUCUGGUGGACAUUGAUGGCCUGCUUCAACAGCUGCAAGACAAGAUUCGCCUACACCAUCAGUGCCUUUACUGCGACAAGCUGAAGUCUUCCACAUUCGGUAUUCAAACACAUAUGCGCGAUACGGGCCACUGCAAGAUUCCCUAUGAGACCGAGCAAGAGCAGCUUGAGAUUGGAGACUUUUACGACUUUAGAAGUACCUAUUCUGAUGACGGAGAGUGGAGUGAUGAGGAGUCUGUUGUAGACGAGACAAGUGGUGGAGCUAAGCUUGGGGCACGUCGUCCUGCCAAGGUCACCGGAGAGGAUGGAGAAGAGGUUGAGGAAGGCGAGGGAGCAGACGGCUGGGAGACAGACAGCUCAGCUUCAUCACUGGAUUCAGCGGAUCUCACUGCUGUUCCCGCCGAGGGCCACAUCCACCAAUUCGAGCGACUUGACAAGCACCCGCAUCAUUCACGCCAAGACCCAAGGCAAAGACAUCAGGCGGAUGGAUGGCACUCGCAUGCUCACAAGCCCACUCGUGCUGUCUUUCAUGACGACUAUGAGCUUCAUCUUCCUACGGGCAAGUCGAUUGGUCAUCGAUCACUAAACAAGUAUUACCGCCAGAACCUACACAGCCACCCUUCGGCCGAAGAACGCGCCGAGCGUCUGGCCCUCGAGGGCGCAGAAGGUGAACAGUCCAAUGCUGGCUCAGAUGGUCAACUGGCCCACAGAGGUUCUAAAUCCCGUGAGAUGGUGCCUCGUGGCAUGGCAGGCAUGGUGGGUGCACCGGAGCAACAGAAGCGACGGGCGCGUAGAGCAGAGGAGCGAGGACGAACAUUGGAACAAGUCCAUACAAAGCAGAAGGACUUGGUCUACGGAAAGAAACUCAACAAUCACAAGAACUACUACUACCGUGAGCAGGGUGGUGGUUAA